UCCUCCUCGCCACUUACCACUUCUUCUCCCUCUCUUCGUCUUCCUCCUCCCAUUCUCGCGUACACAACGAGAUAACGUGUGAGGUUUCUCGGGGAGAGCCAAGCGACCAGCCAUGAUGGAUGCGGCCGCGGCGACGAUGCUGGAGGCCGGGGUGGGGCGGUUCCGGGGGCCGAGCCUCGCGGCGCUGCUGGCGGAGAUGUGGGCGCCGCUGGCCGUGGCGCUGGCGGCGCUCGCGACGCUGCCCAGCCUGCUCGGCAGGCUGCAGGUGCUCAUCCUCCGCCUCCGCUCCCGCGGGAAGGAGGUCAUCUCCUCGCACAUCUCCACCUACUACUCCUCCGGGGACGACGAGUCCGACUCCGACGGCGACGGCGAGGACGACGACGAGAGCUCCGAUGACGACGCGGCCACCAGCUCGUCCGGCGAGGAGGAUGCCGUGAGGAGGAUCGGGUACUUCGAGGGCGCCGCCGAGGGCCUCGACGGCUGCUUCCCGUGGGGCGGCGCCGUCGUGCGGACGUGGCAGGACCUGCCGCGGCGGUUCUCCGGCGUCGGCUGCGGGGGCGGAGGAGCCAGGUUCCCGUCCGGAGCAGGUGUGCAGGCGGUCAGGCUGUGGGGCGCGAGCACGGCGAGCGGGGAGGGGAGUGGACAGGCGUGGUGGUGGGACGCCGAUGACAGCGGCCGCGCGGUGGUCGUCGGGUGGCGGCGCGAGCACGCGGCUCGGAGGCGGCAUCGGCCCCUCCGUGUCCUGCCCUCCGCCGAGUGAAAAAAAAAGUUUGGAACGGAGAGCUGUAGUAGGUGUGGCCGUGCGUGUGAAUGUGAAUAUGCCUGGCGGAGAUGCCGAUCCCCGGGCAAGCGGGUGAUUGCUAGGGGUGGUUAGGCCCCGGGUAGGCGGUGUUGAUGAUGAUUACUAUUCAAACUUUGCUUAUCUGGAAAGCAAGAUCGGCUCCGCUCCUGCGUUGCGGUUGGGUCAAUCUUCGUUUGUACCGAUAUUCUUUUGAGACGGAAAUGCUCGAUUGCGCAUCGAUCGCUCCUUCUCACAAAAUUUCCAAUGUUGUGGAAAGCUGUUAGUACUGCUGCUCCUUUUCGGUGGAUUGUAUCGAUGUUAAUAAAACUACGUUAUCCAUUGAUCCAUCUCCUUAA